AUGCCCGCGCUGAAGUUGAUCACCGUCAAUACUGCCCCGGAGCGCGCGAGGCGCCUCAUUGGGCGCAUAGUAGAGGACGUGAAGGACAGGUAUACGAUCGUACAUCUGGACAAUGUGGAAAGGAUUGAGGACGUGAAAGCUGCACUGGAGAGGGAGAAGCCCGAUCUGUUGUUCACAGCGUCCAUGUGGACACCCGAACAAGCUCAGGAAAUCGUUGCCAUCGCGAAGGAAACUGUGCCAGGCAUCAAGACGUUUAGCCUUCCGUAUGGGUUCCAGGUUGAGAAAGGACCAGACGCAGUGGUAGAGUUCAUAAAGGAGAAAUUGCCCAGCAUAAUAGAACCUGCUGAGGAAGUAUGA